ACAUGUACGAACCACAGACCUUGAGAUAUUACAGUUUCAUUUCCUUGCGGUACAAGUAAUCUUAAAAUUUUAUAAGUAGCUCCCCUCGCCAUAGCCAAAACCAAAAACCUAUAUAAAUCCAAACCUAACAUUAUACAGAUAUAUGUACAUACCCAUUAUACCAAGUUCGUAGCCAUGUUAAUGAUGAGAAUGGUAGUCAAAACCCUGACCCACUGCACAUGGCUUAUAAUCAUGGCCGCCAUGUUAACAUCCACACAGCCCACCAUCUCGGAAUCCAGGCCUCCGGUGCUCGACACUGCCGGAAAUCCCCUUGAAGCCGGCGCCGAAUACUUCAUUCUCCCCAGCCGAAGGUGCGGCGGCGGCCCUUUGGCCCUCGUUAGCCGCAAUGAAUUAUGUCCGCUCUUCGUGGGUCAAGAAAACGACCCGAGUUCACCAAGGUUUCCGGUGGUGUUCAAGCCGUUCGUGGAGGGAGAGAAGGUGGUGAGAGAGUUUAGUGAUUUCAGGGUUCAGUUCGCGUCGAUCAGCAUCUGCAUUCAGUCGACUCAGUGGAAGGUGGUGAGUGGGGAGAAGAGGAGAUUGAUUGGGACUGGAGGAGGGGAAGAAGCUGCAUCGUUUUUCAGGAUUGAGAAGAAUGAAUCGGACGGUGGAUAUAAUCUGGGAUGGUGUCCGACAGAUGUUUGUCCACUUUGCAGGUUUGACUGUGGAAAAGCUGGUGUUUUGAUGGAGAAGGAGACGAGGUUGUUGGCGUUGGAUGACGUACCUGUUCUUUCUGUCGUAUUCAAGAGGGCAUGAUACUUCAUAUAUAUACAUAUAUAUAUAUAUAUAUAUACUCCAUACUAUGUACAUCUAAAAUCACUGCACCCCAUUUAUACAUAUAUGUAUAAUUUGACAAUGUAUGGAUAAAAUUACAUAUAUACAUACACUGCAAUAUGGGGCGGGAAUAUUGGUGUAUGAAAAUAUCCUUGUUAUAAUAAAUGUAUGUGUCAUAUAAUCAA